AUGUCGUCUACAGGUGCACAGAAGAGCGGUUCUUUGACAUUGGUGCUAAUGGUUGCUUCUGCAGCCUUUGGAGGAACUCUUCAAUAUGGCUACAACCUCGCAAUAAUGAAUGCUCCCACAACUUUUAUUCAGACCUUUGUCAAUGAGACAUUCUUGGAGCGGUGGAACAUCCAGUUGGAGGACUACCAGGUGACUCUGGUCUGGACAAUUAUUGUCUCCAUCUUCUCGCUUGGGGGCUUUGCAGGGGCUCUGAUUGCAGGACCAAUGACCAUACGCUUCGGGAGGAAGAAAUGCCUGUUGUUGAACAAUAUUUUCCUCAUGACUGGAGCACUCUUAGCUGUGACAAGCAGAGCUGCCAAGUCGUUCGAGAUGAUCCUCAUCGCACGUGUCUUGGUGGGGAUUAAUGCCGGGAUCAGCAUGAAUGUGCAACCCAUGUAUUUUGGAGAAUGUGCACCAAAGCACUUACGAGGGGCUAUCUCCUUGUCAUCAGCUGUUUUCACAGCAUUUGGUGUUGUGUUAGGACAGGUGGUCGGACUCAGAGAGAUUCUGGGCAGUGAGCCGUGUUGGCAGUAUCUUCUUGCCAGUAACGCCAUUCCUGGCCUCGUCCAGCUCCUUACCCUGCCCUGGUUCCCUGAGAGCCCCAGAUACCUGCUCAUCGACAGGGGGGACAAGGAGGCUUGUAUUAAUGCUUUGAGACGGCUGCGAGGCUGUGAGGUCCAGAGCAGCGAGCUGGAUGAGAUCCUGCAGGAACAGACUGAAACCAAAGGCAUGAGGGCCCGCCAACCCUGGGAGCUUUUUACUGAUCGCUCAGUGCGCUGGCAGCUCAUCUCUGUCAUGAUCAUCAGCAGUGCCAUGCAACUUUGUGGUAAUGACUCGAUUUACUUCUAUGCGUCAUACAUAUUCAAAGAGGCCGGAGUAUCUGAUGAUAAAAUCCAAUAUAUCACAAUUGGCACUGGUACUUGUGAAUUUGCAGCAUGUAUAUUAUGUAACCUGCUGGUGGAGCGCAAAGGUCGGAGGUUCAUGCUGAUGGGAGGGUACAUCCUCAUGACCGUCUGGGCAGUUGUCUUCACAAUUGCUCUGUUGUUGGAGCACAAUAUAUCCUGGAUGCCAUACAUAAGCAUGACUUGCAUCUUCACCUACAUUCUCAGCUUUGGCUUAGGACCAGCUGGAGUGACUUGCAUUCUGCCCACAGAGAUCUUCAAUCAGACUGCUCGGCCAGCAGCCUACACGAUCGCUGGCUCCAUGAUGUGGCUCAACCUUUUCAUCAUUGGGAUGAUCUUUCCAUUUCUAGUGAGCGAGUUGAGUGAGUACUGCUUUGUGCCUUUCGGAGUGGUCUGCCUGCUGUCUGCGUUGUUUGUCGGCCUGGUUCUGCCUGAGACCAAAGGGAAGUCUCUGUCUGCCAUCACAAGUGAAUUCAACAAGCUCAACUUCAAAAGCCAGGAUGAAAAGUGUGCGUCACAAGCUAAAAAACAGUAUCAGCUGGGUGAAGUGAGUCUUUCUACGGCCUUGUAG